GGGAUGGUCAAGGGUCUGUUGGGUGUGGGGAGGCGACAGAGAGCUUGGAAGGUCACUUGUGGAACUUGUUUUCCCUACUUGCAUUAGAGAAGCCAUUCUUCUAAUUGUUAAGGAACUUGUUUUCCUAGAGAAUAUUUUUCCAAAUAUAUUGAUGAUCAACCAAACAUGGAAAAAUUGGAAAACAUUUCUCCAUGUCAAACACACCCCAAGGAUGUUAACAGCGAUUAUGACAAGGCUAGCCAAAGAUACAAUGAGUCUACAGUUUCAAUUGAAUUGCAGACUGCCCCUGUCAGAGAUGGUGUCCUUCCAGGAGUUCUACGCCAAGUAAUUCUUGACAUAUGCUCAAGAGAAAAAAUCCCAGUUAGAGAAAUUGCACCUUCAUGGUCAGAGCGUGAAAUGUGGUUAGAAGCAUUCAUUACAAAUAGCUUGAGGCUUAUACAGCAUGUGGAAGUUAUUCAAGCUCCUAGUUCAUGGGAUUCACUUGAAGCAAAAACUUGGAGGGACGUAAAAUGGGAGGAGAAGCUAUUUGAGCAUGCUCCUGGAAGAAUCACUAUGCUCAUCGAGGUAAUAAAAGCUUUCCAUUUAAUAGAGAUAACAUGUUUGAUUUCUGUACCAUUUUUAAUAUUAUUGUACAUUAAUCCACCCACCACCCUUACAUG